AUGGAUGGCUGGGCACGAGAGCAGCGCGAGGAGAAGCAAAGAAGCAGACGAAGAGCAGGCCGUGUAUUCAUGAUCAUGAUAUUUAUUCCCAUCGUCCGCCCCGUCAGGCGUUUUUGGGCGGUUCGACUGGGUGCCCCAUCGUCACUGAGUCAGUCCCAUCAAGUCCCAUCUGCCCAUCUCCAGCCCAGCGAAGGUUACGGUUACACUUAUGGACCCACAGCGGGUAGAUCCGCUGGAUUCGUCAUCAAUAUUGUCACUGCUGGAGCCGGCGUUUAA